UCAUUUCACAACUCUCUAUUCCGUUACAUUCGCCUCUCUCUCUCUCUCUCUGUGAGUGUAAGUUUUGAGACAUGAAGAUUUGCUCAGACCACCUGAAACUUCCUUGAUUUGGCUAAGUUUUGAAAAAUGGUGCUCUUCAAUUUCCACCACCUUUUCCUCGUGCUCCUUCUUAUUCCCUCCGCCACGUCGGACAUCGCUUCCGACAGAGCCGCUCUAGUCGCCCUCCGCAGGGCCGUGGGCGGCCGCGUCCUCUUAUGGAACCUCUCGAGCGCCUCCCCGUGCUCGUGGGCCGGCGUGCUCUGCUCGCCGGAUAUGUCCUCCGUCGUGGAGCUCCGCCUCCCCGGGAUGGGCCUCUCCGGCCGCCUCCCUCCCAACACCAUCUCCAACCUCACCCAUCUCCAGACGCUCAGCCUCCGCUUCAACUCCCUCUCCGGCCCCCUCCCGCCGGACGUCUUCUCCUCCCUCACCUCCCUCCGCAACCUCUAUAUGCACAACAACUUCUUCACCGGCGGGAUCCCCCGUUCUCUCUUCUACGUCAAAUCACUCGUGCGCGUGAAUUUGGGGCAUAACUAUUUCUCCGGCCAGAUUUCGCCGGCGUUCAACAACUUGACCCGUUUGGGAACGCUGUUUCUGCAAAACAACCGUUUCUCGGGAGAAAUUCCUGAAUUGAACUUACCCGCCUUGAUUCAAUUCGAUGUUUCCAAUAACAAUCUCACCGGCCGGAUCCCUGCCGCGCUCGCUGGAAAACCUAAAGCCUCUUUCGUCGGGAACUCACUCUGUGGGGCCCCUCUCGAUUCAUGCGGCGAUGAGAAAGGAAAGAAGAAGCUCUCUGACGGGGCGAUUGCCGGCAUCGUGAUCGCCUCCGUAAUCGGAUUCUUUCUUAUCUCAUUCCUGAUUUUCUGUUUGUGUAGAAUGGCAGCUGGUAAUGGAAAAGAGAAAGAAGUUGAAAACAUGGAGGCAGCGGCGGCGGCGAUGGGGAGAAAGGGGAGGGAUAAGGGAUUAGUGUUUUUUGAGAAGACAGGGUGGAAUUUUGAUUUGGAGGAAUUGUUGAGAGCUUCUGCGGAGGUUUUGGGGAAGGGGACGUUCGGGACGUCGUACAAGGCGGUGCUGGAAACGGGGAUUGCGGUGGUGGUGAAGCGGCUGAGAGACGUGAAGAUGGGGGAGAUGGAGUUGAGAGGGAAGAUGGAAGAGAUUGGGAGGAUGGAUCAUCUGAAUCUUGUCCCUCUUAGGGCUUAUUACUUCGAUCGGGACGAAAAGCUCGUGGUCUACGAUUUCCUGCCCAUGGGGAGCCUGUCUGCACUCCUGCAUGGAAACAAGGAGGGUGGGAGGAGGGCGCUGAAUUGGGAGACUCGCGCCGCGAUCGCGCUGGGCGCAGCGCGAGGGGUAUCGUACAUCCACUCGCAGGGGCCCACCGCGUCCCACGGCAACAUCAAGUCGUCCAACAUCAUCCUCACGGAGUCGUACGAGGCCCGUGUCUCGGACACAGGCCUCUCGCAGCUUGGGGGGAGCGCGACCCCCAGCAACCGAGUGACGGGGUACAGGGCACCGGAGGUGACGGAGCCUCACAGAGUGUCGCAGAAGGCGGAUGUGUACAGCUUCGGAGUGGUGGUGCUGGAGUUGGUGACGGGGAAGGAGGGGGUGGAUCUGCCGAGGUGGGUGAGGUGUGUUGUGAAACAGGACUGGACCUCAAAAGUGUUGGAUGAAGAGGUAGUGAGUGAGAAUGUGGAAGGGGAUAUGGUUAAGAUGCUGCAGAUUGGGCUUCACUGCACCCUUCCUUACCCGGACAACCGCCCCUCUAUGCCGGAGGUUGCCGCCCACAUUCACCUCCUCUGCGCUCCCAAUAUCCUCUCACACACAUAAAUUCAUCACUUGUCUAUUUCUUACAUUUUCUUUCUCUCCUUUUGCUGCUUCUUAUUUACACAUUUUCUCUUCAUCUUUUGGGGACCGGACCACUCUGAAUUAGGCCCUUUUUUAUUUUACUUUUUUUUUUUUUAUAAAAAUGGAGUACUAUUUUAGUCUGCAGAGGAGAUUUCCUAGUAUAAUUUGAUACUAUAAGUUAGCAGCAGCUAUUCUGGGAUUAUACAAUCCAAUCCAAUCGAUUCAAGAUUUAUUUUCAAUAAAUGACUGCUUUCUAA